AUGCACAGAGAUUUCAAGGCGGCCAAUGUGCUGCUGCACCAUAACGUCUGCAAGAUCGCAGACCUUGGCUUCGCCAAACAGGUGAAAGAGGAGUCAAUGACCACCACUGUGCUGGGAACUGGAUUGACGAUGGCUCCAGAAGUCCACCAGGAGAAGGCCUACGGGCGAAAGGCUGAUAUUUGGUCCGUAGGAGUGGUCUUCUACCAACUAAUCUACGGCGAUUAUCCUUUUAAGGGCAUGUCUGACUACGAUAUCAUGCAGUGCAUCAAAAAUACGCGUCCCAACUACAGCAAAGUCAACAUUUCGGAUAAGGCGAGGGAUUUCAUCGACCGCUGUCUCACCGUAGAUCCCAAGGCUCGCAUCAGCUGGAAGGAAGUCUACAGCCACCCCCUCAUCUUAGAGGAAGAUAAGAUCGUAUACGGCAUGACUUCCUCGAUAAAACUGCUUGAUAAUCAGGAGUUCUAUGGCCGUGACUCGUUUCCCCAGGAGGAGCUCAAUAAAAUAGAGAAGAAAGAGGAGAUCAAGGAGGAGUGGACCAAAGGUGAGGAGUAG